CUCAUUCAGCUCCCAGAAUGCCUUGCAGAGUCACGUCAGCCAUAUUUAUAUCGGCCAAUGAUGUUGCGGUGAGAAUUAUCCGGUUAAUCCUCUAACAUCACAGCUCCUUUGUUCAUCUGGGUGACACGGAUUCCCUUCAGAUUAAUCGAAGAACGCAGGAGGAUAAUUUUUGAGGCGACUACUGCUACGACCUUCACCAUGAGCUUCCUUUUGGAAAUUUGAUUUUGUCUGUACAAUAUCUUAUGUUGGUUAAAGUGAUAAGUGAGCAGUAGCCAUGUCUAGACACGAUUUUAGUUAUGAUGAUGGAAGCCGAUCCAGCAAGACUUUCAAGCCAAAGAAACACAUACCUGAAGGAACUCACCAGUAUGACUUGAUGAAGCAUGCAGCGGCUACUCUGGGCUCCGGUAACCUUCGGGCAGCUGUGAUGCUACCCGAUGGAGAAGACCUAAAUGAAUGGGUAGCAGUCAACACUGUAGACUUCUUCAAUCAAAUCAAUAUGUUAUAUGGGACCAUAACGGAGAUGUGUACUGAGGAGUCAUGUCCAGUCAUGUCUGCUGGUCCAAAGUAUGAAUAUCAUUGGGCAGAUGGUCAGACUGUCAAGAAACCUAUAAAAUGUUCGGCUCCAAAAUAUAUUGACUAUCUUAUGACAUGGGUACAAGAUCAGUUAGAUGAUGAAGCACUUUUCCCUUCAAAGAUAGGUGUUCCAUUUCCAAAGAACUUCCAUGGUAAUGCCAAAACCAUACUGAAAAGACUGUUUCGUGUGUAUGCCCAUAUAUACCAUCAACAUUUUUCUGAAGUUGUACAGCUUGGGGAAGAAGCACAUCUCAAUACUUCUUUUAAACAUUUCAUCUUCUUUGUUCAGGAGUUCCAGUUAAUAGAGCGUAAAGAAUUGGCUCCUCUUCAGGAAUUGAUUGACAAACUGGCAGCAAAGGACCGAUGAUUAGUUUUUGAAGGUAAAAGAUUUUAAAAAUGCAUUUUAUAGAGAAUGUAUAUGAUCUGUGGCAGGCCUAUUCUUUGGCAUUACAUAGAUCAUGAUGGAACUCACAGUUUUGAUUAUUUUCUCAGGGAAGAUGGUCUUUGGGGAUUUACCAAAAAGUCAUUUUUGGUCUCAAAUUGCAUUUUGGUGAAAC